AUGUCACAAAUCGACCAUGUGGUGAGAGGGAUCUUCUCCCUUUGGAGCCCCGCCCCUUUGGAGCCCUGCCCUGUUGGAGCCCCGCCCCUUUGGAGCCCCGCCCCUUUGGAGCCCUGCCCCUUUGGAGCCCUGCCCUGUUGGAGCCCUGCCCCUUUGGAGCCCUGCCCCUUUGGAGCCCCGCCGCUUUGGAGCCCCCCCCCCCCCAACCCCUUUGGAGCCCCGCCCCUUUGGAGCCCCGCCCCUUUGGACCCCCCCCCCCCCAUCCCCUUUGGAGCCCUGCCCCUUUGGAGCCCUGCCCCUUUGGAGCCCCGCCCCUUUGGAGCCCCGCCCCUUUGGAGUCCUGCCCUGUUGGAGCCCUGCCCCUUUGGAGCCCUGCCCCUUUGGAGCCCUGCCCUGUUGGAGCCCUGCCCUGUUGGAGCCCUGCCCCUUUGGAGCCCCGCCCCUUUGGAGCCCCGCCCUUUGGAGUCCUGCCCUGUUGGAGCCCUGCCCCUUUGGACCCCUGCCCCUUUGGAGUCCUGCCCUGUUGGAGCCCUGCCCCUUUGGAACCCCGCCCCUUUGGAGCCCUGCCCCUUUGGACCCUGGAGCCCCGCCCCUAUGGACCCCCCCCCAACCCCUUUGGAGCCCUGCCCCUUUGGACCCCCCCCCCCAACCCCUUUGGAGCCCUGCCCCUUUCGAGCCCCACCCCUUUGGAACCCCCGCCCCUUUGAAGCCCCGCCCCUUUGGAACCCCGCCCCUUUGGAGCCCUGCCCCUUUGAGGGUCACCUCAGCGUUGCCAAUGUGUGA